UUGAUUUAUUUAUUUUAUGCGAUAGAUUAGAAAUUAAUCAUGUUUCAACACCUUUCUACAAGACCACAAACAAUGAACGUUCUGUCAUGUCGCCAAGAACUUUGAUGUUUUUGUUUGUUUGUUUUGUUUUGUUUUGUUUUGUUUUGUUUUUGUUGCAUACCAUCCUGUUAUGUGAUGCUGAGUUCCGCAGUGUUUUUCAGUCAUCGUCCUACAUCAGCGGGUCGAAUUCCGUCCUUGACCAAUGUCCGGAUGCUGUGAUUUGAAAACCAGGAAGGCACACCGUACUACACCUCGACAACAAUACGUGGAUUACAGCAUCCAAUCAUUACCUGAUAUUACAGAGUUAGUUCCACUCUGACCUUUGGUCGACAAACUCUACAUCUGAACCCAGGAUAGCUUGACAUUUUACUCCACAGAUUCCUAAUACAGAAGACAGUUGCCUGUUUUUCGUCAACAGAACGUCAUCUGUACAUAUUUCAUCUACCUGGUAUAGCCAGAGGGCGAAUCAGCAGAGCGUGACAUCGCACGGCCCAAGGCUCACACGUCGUUACGGUAAUCAUGGUGAGACGCUGGCGACCGUAGGAGGUAAAGGUGGGCAGCUUCUUGGAUAGCAAGCAUCGGAAGUAGCGGCGAGUACAUCAGCUGCGCAGACUCGUCAUCGGUAGGUGGAAGGGCGGACCUGCUGUGUACGUCACUUGCUCGGGUACAUUCCGUGAGUACGUAUCGACAUGUAAGAGCCCGAGGAUGAGAAGAAUGCCUCUGGGCGCACACAAUUAUGAGUGUAAACUGCACGAGCCAGUGAAGGGAAUAGUGGAAAAUCACCUUCUACUCCUCGUUUGGAUAUAAGCAUUACUAUAUCAAUUUUUGGGUUCUCUUGUGUUUUUGGAUUAUGGGAAUCAAGUAUGAACUGUUCUGCUUCGUGGCCAUAACUGUGAUAUCGUGCUCCGGCCAGUGGAAUAAUUUCCAGGGAAGCGCAGCACGUCUGUCAAAAAACAGCUGGCUCCAACAGCAGCAGCAACAACAACAACAACAUCAACAGCAGCAACAGCAGCAAAAGCAGCAGCAGCAGCAGCAACAACGGUCGAAACAAGCAUCCCAGAGCUGGCAAGGUUACAAUCCACAACAAAAUGGUCACUCCAUCGACCGAUCACAGCAGCCACUGGGUCAGCAGUCGCACCCACAAGGGCAACAAUCACACAUGGUGGGCGUCGUCCAUUCUGGGGCCUAUCCAAACAGGCCGUCAUCUACACAGUACAACAGGGGAUCAGUUUCAAAUCCACAACAGAGACCCCUAGCGGGGAUUCAGCGGGACAACCGAAAUCCUAAUGACAUCGGACGCAACGUCCAUCAAGUUUCUUCCAAUGGCGUCGGCCACGCCCAACAAACAGUGUUUGACACUCCACAAAGACUGAGUUAUCAAACAGAUCGUAAUAGUGCAAUAUCUAACCAGGGUAGGCCCAUAAACAGACUAUCUGGGCCAGGAAGCAGCCCUGUACAUCCGGUACAUACUCCUAAUUCUAUUCCACAGCAACGAGUGCCGGUCAGUCCGCAGCAUAAUAACAUUGGAAGUGCGAACACUUUCCAAAACCGUCCAGGACGGGUAAAUAAUGAUCUAAUGAAUAGUCAUAUGCCAACAAAUAUUGGACGAGCUCCGUCAAAUCAACAAAUUAAUAAUAAUAUUCACAAAAACCAACAUUCCAAUCCAAACAAUGUACCGUAUGUAAAUAAUGUUCCCGUAAACAAUAAUUUUAUUAAACAAGGUGAAAAUAACGCCCAACAGGAUAGUAGUGAAGUCAUCAUAGAUCACAACCAAAAGCAAUACAGGGUGUAUCAACGUCCGAAAACUAUACCCAACACUCAGCAACGCCCACAACGCCCACAGCGUCCACAGGAGAUUCAAGAUAAUGUGCAGCAUAUAGUCGCUCCUCAUCCUCAGAGAACUCAAGGCAAUCCGAAAAAUUCAUUCUCCGGAUCGUAUCCCGCUCAAGUGCACGUGAAUGGUGACCCGGAUAACGACCAGACCCUGGCGGUGAAAGUCUCAACCCCGGAAGAAACCUAUCACGUGGAGGUGAAGAGAAUAAACAGCAACAUCCUGCAUGAAGACGUUCGCUUCCUGACUGUCUCAGUGGACAAGAACGGAAGGACAGUUUUCGAGGAGCAGUUCAAGCCCGUAGAUCUACAGAAGAAGGCGAGGGGUCUAAACUACUACCAGGAUCUCCGCUCUGGGACCUUCCUCAGCAUUUACGCACACCGGAAGGACUCUGGACAGAAACCGGAGUCGUUUAUUGAGGGAGUUCUGUUUGACGAGCUCAUCGUGGCGGCGCCUAAGUCAAACAAGAGACACAAGAGGGCUGUGUUUUCGGACUCUCACACCGUGUACAGGGAAGAGGGUGGAUACCAUGGUGUGUUCCAUGCCGACACCAUGCAUGUACCAGUCAUACCGGGAUUCGAGGACAUGCUGAAGAUGCAGUACAAUGUUACACGUGACAACUCGGAACCGAAGAAAAUGAAACCACAUAGCCGAAAGAAACGUCAGUACCGGCCGCCCCAAACAGAAUCGCGCAGCUCACCGCGCAUAGAACCGGAACUAUUACUUUUUGUAGACUUCGCCCUCUACCGGGAGUUUGAGGGAGACUCAAAUGAACUCUUGGAAUAUCUCAUGCACUUCUGGCAUGCGGUUAACUGGAAGUAUCUGACAAUUGCACUGUCCGGCUCCUGGCCAAUUAUAGACCUCCGUAUCCGGGAAAUCGGAGUGUUCAAGGAGCCAAAUGCCCAGCCUUUCAUCGAGUCGAGCAGGAUCAGGAGGGGAAGCAAGAUGUUUUCUCUCUAUGACGCCAUGGAUAGCUUACAGAAGUGGCUCAUUCGUUACGAAAAUGCCUUGCCAGUACAUGACAUUGCCUUCCUGCAGACUGGCGAGAACGCGUGUCGCCGACUAAAACAUGGAAAAGAUGGGAAAUUACCGUUUAAUCCGAAUAUACUGAAGUCUAUCCGGAAAGGAAUCUCCUCGCAGCUCGACCCCAAGGACGAGAAGGAGUGUGUGACGGGCACGGCAGGCGUGGCGUACGUACGUGGAGCAUGUCUGUCAGCGCCUAUGUUGAGGGGUAACGCAUUCAACUUCGGAAUAGGGGAAGCGUCUAACAGUUUCAAUGGCGUCAUCAUUGCUGCCCACGAGGUUGGCCAUCUACUUGGCGCGUACCAUGACGGAGAGGCUGACGCAGGGUCCUGCUCUAGCAAAUCAGGUUACAUCAUGAGCUACACACGUGACGACUCGUACAAGUUCAGCAGGUUCUCAGAGUGCUCUAUCAGAAGCUUCCAGAACUUUCUCAGGAUGGACCGUGCUAAAUGCUUACUGCAAAGGUCAAGCAGGGACACGUUGAAGUUCCCGACUACGUUCCCAGGAAAGUUCAUGACGCUUCGCCAGCAAUGUCUCCGGUUCACGGGAGGGCCACCAUGUGAGGAAGGUCCAACCCAAUGUGAACACUUGUGUUGUGAUGAUCGGAAAGGAGAAUGGCGAUAUACUCGGUCUGAACCAGCUGUGGACGGAACAGAGUGCAGCAAACAUAAGGUGUGUCUCAACGGACAAUGUGUACCUUUAUCGUCCAUAGGGAAGAAGUAGUCCCACACACCACACCUCCUCCUCAGUUGGUGGAAAGCGGUCUCGCUGGUAACCUACUAGUGACAUAACCAGAGCAUGGCCAUCAGGACAGACAGACAGAAUGAGCAGACGAACGGACACUUGGACGGUCUGGGUCUUUCGUGGCAGUAUUCUGUGCUGUUCAACAGAUCUGGUUUUGAUUGGAAAGGCAUUUCGGCCAAACUUCAACGAAAAAGUCUUCCGUUGCAAGAAGAAUCUCGAUUCUGCUUUCGUCAAUUUGAAUUAUAUUUGGCUUGCCAACAAUAUGUCUCUUUUAAAUGUAUUUUUGUUUUAAAGUUUUGAUAUUUUUGCUUACUGGUGAAUGUUUGUUAUAAAUUGCUACGCCACCUAUACUUACAGGUGAAAAUAUCAAAAUUGAUAUUUCAAUAUCACAAUAAAAUUAUUCAAAUUAUUCAAAGGAUGACAUCCCCAUUCUCAUUUGCCCCAGUGCUGUUUUUUUUUAUUGAAAUUAGCUUUCUUUCAAAAAGAAAUUUGUGAAGAACUAUACUUGUAUGGGGGUACGGGAAUAAUUAUGUUGUGAAACGUGUAUUUUAUGUUUGUAUAUAAUUUGGAAACCUAAUUGCAAAUAUAGAAUAAAUGUGAUAUUUUUGUAA